AUGAUACCUUACAAUAAUAAGCUAUACCUCUUCGACAUGGCCACUGGUGUAAGGCAUAAAGAGGUUUUAGAGAUUCCAAAUUUUGGCAAAGGUAUUGACUACGACUAUAAGAACAAUGUGUUUUGGGCAUGGGAGAGGGAUGAAGAUGACCCAACUCUCAAAAGUUUUAAAAUAAAAGGCUUCCAAAAGAAUCCUUUCCUUGGAAAAGAAGCCUUAUACUCUAACAAAAAUAAUGUUGAUCCGGUUACUAAGAAUACAUUCAGACUUCAGAAAGUUAAGAGAAAGAUUGAACCAAGGUCUGAUGAGAAUUUCUUAAGACGUCUUGAAUCGAUAUCACCUGCAGAGACAGCUGAUGCAAAUUAUCUAGAAAACGACUCUGAAGAAUACUCUUUAUACUUGCUCAUGUUUAUACUGAAAAAGGGUUGAGAAAAUGUAGAAGAAACUAUCUCAUUAAUCAAAAGAUUAGACGACGAAAGCUUUGAUAAUAUAUUUAAAUAUCAAGCGAGGCUAUACAGAGGAGAGUUCGGCCCCAAUAUUUCAACCACUUUUGUUCAAGAAGUUAUCAAAUGUUUUGAAAAGUACUCUGAUUUUGUAUCUCAAGAAAUGACUGAGGAAAACCUGCUACAACAAUACCAAUUCAUGUGGGUACUAGAGAUUGUGAAGAAAUUAUUCGAGGUCUUUGAUACCUUGAAAAUUCAAUUUGAACAGAUUGACCAUGGCUCUGGUUUAGCAUCUAGAGUAGAAAAGCUAGUAGCACUCAUUAUUGAAAGUGAAGACAAAGUUUAUGAAAAUGAUAAAAUUCAGGCUAUAUGGAAAUCAAUCUUUGAGAAGUGAGUAGCCAUUCAGGGUUUCUUGUAUAAAAUUAGCCCAAUGACAGAGGAUGAAGUGAUAGAGAAGAUUAAUAACUUCAUCAAAUCUAUGGAGGAUAAAGCAAUCACUCUGAACACUGCCAUUUUUGCCCAGUAUUUAUCAACCCCUGAAAACAUGAAGAAGUUCCUUGAUGAUCCUGUGCUAUUUAAAGUAUUUGAUUCCUGUUGUGACUUUAUUACAACAGAUAAAGAUCCUAAGAGUAAGAAUCUUGCAGCACAGAGUGCACUCUUAAGUUCCUGUUCUAAGCUCAUAAGAACUUAUUCUACAAUGAAUAUUUCAGAAGCCUAUUCUCAGACUCAUAAGGAAGAGCAGGAAGGGAAAGAUGGAAACAGACACCAUCUCAAUAAUGUAGUCAAUAAGAUUUAUGAGAGGCUAGUCAACAGCUGAAUAAUUAUUGCUGAAAGAGCUACUAAGACUUUGACCUCAAAUAUUCACAAAGAAGAGAAAUCAGAGAAUGAAGAGCAAAAAGAUGGGGAGCUAUCUGGAUAUCAAAUUGAAGAUACACAGCAUUCUUCUCAUAUAGAGCUUUUUGAUGUUGUCAAUAGCCUGAUUUUCACAAAAUUCUCUGAAUGUAAUGACAGAAAAGCAACUAACCAGAGUCUAUUCUAUAACAAGAUAAUUGAGUUAGCUGAAGCUUUAACUAAUUUCGAAAAAGUUGAAUGCUCAGAAGAAGAAACAAAGUCAGAUUUUUAUACCGCUUCAUCUUCUCUGUUCAAGCCUCUCAGUACUCUCGCAGUUAGAUUUUUAUCUCAUAUCUCUAACAACAUGAUCCGCAUUACAGAUGAAUCUCAGGAUAAUUAUGAGAAGGGAGGAACUCAGUAUUUGUUACAAGCAAAUAUAUUCUCAGAAGGAAUCCAAGAUAAGUUCUUAAAUCACUUUGAUGAAGAGGUUGUUGACCAAAUCAAAAAUCUUGCAAUUAUUUUCGAUGAUCUCCAAAUUGUAAAAAUUAUCGAAGAUACUAGCAUUGAAGAUGAACAUAAGUUCAUGAAAGCUCUUAUUUAUGAAGGCACAGAUAGAAGAGUUGAUGCCUUGAUUGAUCUACUCCAGUGGAAUCUUCUCAAUAAAAACCCUGAUGCUAAAGCUGGAGGUAAGAAAGGAAUGACUGUAGUCAGAUGUGCCUUUGCUGCUAAUCUUGCCUUAAACAGACACGAUGAAACCUGUAAAUAUACUAAUUUAGUCUCUAUUGUUGAUCGUAUCGAAAUGUUCAUGGAAGAUUGCAAAGAAGAUAUGCCCCAAAAUCAGAAAAGCAAAGACUGCAUCGAAAAACUCCAAAGUUUAGGAGACACCAGUGGAAUUUUUGAUAGAUGGAAAGACGCUAGCAAGAUGAGAAUAUGGCUGCAAGAGAAACAGAAGGAUAUUUCUGAGAAACUUCAAAAGAAACUUAAAUCUAGGAAUUCAGAAAAUAAUGAAGAUUCAAAAGAAGAAGCAAAGAUUGAGACUAAGGAAAUCAAAAAACUGAAAAAUAUGUCAGAAGAAGACAUAUUAAAAAUGGAACAAGAAGAUGUUGAAAAUCUAAUUAAGAACGUAUGUAUGAAAGCAGAGUUGUUGGUGAGAUUAGCAACUCCAAAAGCUUGGAAACACUCAGACUUUUCAGAGAAGAGCCUAAGGCAAGCUGAAAUGAUCAACGAUAAAACUAAAGAGGAAGCUGAAAGCACAAAGCAUAAAUUCAGAAGGGUCAAAACAAUUCAGGCUUCUAAAGGAACUGUGACUAACUAUGAGAAUAUCUCCAAUAAAGAAAUAUUUACAACCUGCUCUUCUUCUGUACUUGCAGUCCUCCAAUGCUCUAAUUCAGCAGAAGAUAUCUUAAAAGUUAUUGGUAGAAACUAUGUAAAUGCAAUGAACAGAUAUUGAGGAUUUAGAAUCAUGGCUAAAAUAUUAAGCUUGAAACUUCCUCAAGAGGAUGAAGAAUACUUACUCAGUAGCUUUUGAAAUGCACUCAGAAAAGAUCAACAGAUUUUAGCUCACUACUCAGAUGGGCUAACUGGUAUAGGAGGUACCUUACUUAAGAAACUAAGAGAAGGCUUUUACUCUGUUUGCACAGAGAUAAUUAAGAAAUUAAAGGAUCCUAAGAAUCAGGAUCAAUUAAAAGUCCUAUUAGGUUGUUUGCAAUGGAAAAUCGGUGCUUCAGAUCAUAAGUACAUCCUUGAUAGUGGAAUUAUCCAACUCUUAAAGAAUGGAAAUGGCCUUGAAGAUAAAGAGAAGAACCUUAUUAAAUAUAGCUGGAAUGAAGAAAUAACCUUUUCAAAAGAUCUCAACAACAAGAACUUAUUGCAUUUAAUCAUUGACUCAUUGGAGUUAAUAUUUACUUCAUGCUUUUCAGGAAUUUUAGAACAAGGUAAAAAUGAGGAUGUUGAAGUUUCUACAAGUGAAUCGUCAGUUAGCACAUUGAAGCAGGCUCAAUCAGUAGUACCUACUGAUGCAACUCAGAUUCUUAUUCAAACAUGCUUGGAAGUUGUUCUAGAGCAACUAGCUAAAUCUACAAAAUCUUUAGAAGAAUUAAAUAAUGAAGAAGUUGAAGAGAGUAAUGAAGGACCUAUAGAGGAAUCAAAAGAAGAACAAAAAGAGCAAAUUGGACUAGUCACAUCAGCUGAGAAAGAUAGUCAAGCUGAUAAAGAUCUACCAGCUCCUAUUAAUGGAAAGUCUACUGAACAAGAUCAGGGUCCUUCAAAUCCUGAAGUUACAAUGAAACUGCUGCGUUUACUUAAUAUGUUUACAAGCAUUUCUUUGAAAAAUGACAGAAUCAAGGACUAUGUUAAGAGGUAUAUUACGCCUGGACAGAUCAGUAAGCUGAUAACAAUAUUGCUUAAAUGCUCGAUCAGAGAAGGCACCAUUGUGUUAGCAAUAUUAUCAAACUUGAUUGAAGUUGGAAUUUCCUUAAAUGUAUUUGACAAUGCCUUGAAGACCAUUUCUACCCUGAAUAGAGUCCAAAAAAUUACUAAACUGGCGACUAAAUCUGAGUUCCCUUCAGUAUUCCUUCAGCUCAUGUUCAAUCUGCUGCUACAAAUUAGGUCUAAACAAUGGAGAGAGGAAAAAUCUCAAUUCAAAUGGGAAUAUUCUCUGAGUUGUGGAAUAGUCAGAUUUUUCAAAAGAAUUCUGAGGUCUGAACAACAACUCAGCUGAAGAGAUGAAAUAGAACAAGUCCUUGAAGAUUUCUUGAUCAAAGCUGAGGAGUACUCUCUCGGAGAAUUUGACGUAAUUACUAGUUUGUUUGAAGGAGGAGAAUACCUUGGAAUGACCAUUGGUGCUCACGGAGUUACUGAAGAUUAUCAAAAGUUUACUAUUGUAGGCUUUAUAGACGAAUGGAGAUGCGCAGAGGAUUCUGGAGGAGCACAAAACAAUUUUAAUUAUCAGGCAUUGUCUACUGAAUAUACUCUUGAUAAUCAGAAAAUCUUAGCAAUUCCUCAUGACGAAAACAGUAGUCACAAGAAUGUAUUUUUAUGCAAUCCUGAUGAAGUUAGUCUUAUUCCUAAUAUUGGAAUAAAUUAUAAUGAUUUCUUGCUAGAUUCUAAGAGGUUGAUCCAUUUCAUCAAAAUUCUGAACAUUCAAUCUGAAAGCACAAAUUCUUACUCAGAAUUGCUUACCAAAAAGUGUAUUGGAAUGAAAAUACUACUGCAAAAUAUACAAGUUCAUGGAGAUUCCUUGCUAAAUUUACUUGACAAAGAGCAGCUUAAUGAUCUCCUGAAAAUGAUGCUAAAGGAUUCUACAAAAUCUGAGCUUAAAGAGCAAGAAAUCAAGUAUGAAUUUUGUGAGCAAAAGAUGUAUUACAUCAAGAGUUUCUGAACUUCAAACCUAAAUCUUUUAACAAGUGAGAAAAUGAAGAAAAGAAAAGCUUCUAAUGGGAGUGAACAUCCUGAAGAAACUAAAAAUGAUCAAAAUAAUAAACUCAUUGAAGAUAUAAAUAAAACCUUAGAGGAUAUACAAGAUGACCAAAGAGUAGAAUCUAACUUGUCCCUAUUGAAAAGGCCAGACAAAAAGAAAAAUCAAGAACCUCCUCUUAAAAAAGAAAAUGAAGCUGAACUGUAUAAAUUAGCUUAUACUAUUGAAGAGACCAAAAUAUCUGAGCAAUAUAAGUCUGCUCUUCUAAACAUGGCUCCAAAGAUCCGCUACAAGAUUACUUCUGAAAUUCUUCAUAAAAUUUCAAUGGAAGAUUACUUGACCGAAGUGGCUAAUGAUGAGGUAAAGAUUGACAAUUUUGCUCAAUAUCUUCUCACUCUUAUCGAGGAAACUAUUGUUCUUCCAGAUUCAUCAAGUGACAAAGCUGAAUGCCCUCAAUUCUUUGUUAUAUUAGAUAAAAUCUCCAAGCUAGGAGUAACCUCGGAAAAGCUUGAGUCCUUACUCUUUAAAGUUUUGGAUAAGGUUAUUAUAAUCAAAUCAUGAGAAACAUUAAAUAAGUGCAAUUCGAAAGGAAGAAAUUCUCUAAGGGAAGUUAUAACAGAUAAUUCUCAAACGAUUGGAAUCAGGAAUAUUAGUUUAUUCUCUGAAAUGGUGGCUCAUUUACUUCACGUAUCACCUUCAAUUCUUCUGAAAUCCAAAAACGGAAAGGAUUUGUUCAAUAAAUUACUAAAUCUACUUCUGCUCAUUCCAUUAGUUUUAAGAGAAGAAGUUGAUUUUGGCCAGAAGGCUUAUACGGCUGCUUACAAUCUUAUUUUACCAUUUUUGACUAAGCCUGACCAGUUCAGCAGCAUGAAUAUAAUCGAGGCUUUGCUAAACCAUAAAUUGUUGAAGAAAAUCUUAGAGCACCUUCCCAAAACAGUAGCCUUCUCAAAAGCAAAGUUGACAGACGAACAGAAAAUCUUAUUCGAAAUUUUCUGCUGCCUCAGAGUACUAGAGCAGAAAUAUCCAAAUGUUAAAUGUUCCUAUGCAUACCCUGGAUAUCUUCUCGAAAUUGAAAAAUAUGUACAGAUCUUGAAGGAGACUAAUGACUUUAACUUGCUAUCUUACUUGCUAUACUUUGAAAAGAAUGGCUUAGCUAAAAGAGAGGAAAAUAAAAUUGUUUUAACCAACUCUGAAGAAGAUUUUGAUUGUGAAGAAGGUUCAAAAUAUGCUAUUGACCAGUGCAAAAAGAUUUCAAUUACUCUGGAUAAAGAUAGUAAAUUUACAAAAGGAGCUUCAAUUCUAUUCUCUAAAGACCCUGAAGGAAAGUUACCUCACAUAUUGAUUGAUAAGCCUGAAGAUGCAUUAGAAAAGAAGUUUGACAUUACACUAUCUCCAACCUAUAAUCUCUUUAAUGAAGUUCAAGAUCUUAGACAAAAUACUCCAAUAUACUUCCACUACCAAAAUGCAAAGAAGGGUUCUAAAUUCAUUUCAAACAGCCAAAAGAAUACUGUUAAGUAUUUAGAUUACUCUGAAGAUAGUAAAACUCCAAAAGUGUCAACUCUCCAAGACUUCAAGAGGGGAGUAAAAGUUAUUGCCCAAGCAAAAGGAUAUACCUUGCUGUUGACAGAGAAACAUCAACUUUAUAGAAAAGGAAUGAACUUAACUUGGCCUGAAGAAUAUGAAGACUUUACACUAUACCCUAAUGAAAUUGAAUCCGAAAUAAUUGUUGACGUUAAAGCUUCUUAUUUCAACUAUGUAGUUCUCACAAGGAGUGGGAAGUUCUAUUUCCAAGGUGUAAACCACAAUAAUCAGUUUAAUGAAGAUAAAGAAAGCAUCCUUAAAACUCUUGAGCAUAAACCUAGGCCUCAUGAAGAUGAGGAGCAAGUAGCCCAUUUUGAUAUUGGACCUGACUACAUUAUUUAUACAACCACUAAUGGCAAAUGAUAUGCUUCUGGAAAAAGUUUCUUAAGCGAAUUGGGAGAAUCAGGAGAGUAUGGGGAGUUCAAAGAAAUCAAGAUUGGAGAUGGACUUGAACCAAUAAAGCCCUUUGCUCCUAAAACUUGAGACAGCAAGUGAUUCUGCAUAAUGCUUGUAAAGAAGGAUGGAAGGAAUGAAUUAUGGUCUUAUGGAAUUAGCUCUACUCAUUUACUUGGUCAAGGAAAUGUCAAUAGUUCAAAUACUUUCUCUCCUUUGGAUUAUGAUAAAUCAUCAAUCAACUUUAUUGAUGUCAGUGUUUAUUCUGAUUGAGCAAUGGCGGUGACUGACGAUGGAAGGCUUUUUGGAUGGGGUUCAAACAAAUCUUUCCAACUUGGAAUAGAAAAUCAUACAGAAAUUUCUAAGCCAGUAGAAAUCCCAUUCUUCAAAAACUAUUAUACUAAAGCUGCAAAGUGAGAUAAAAAUAUGGCGAUUAUACAUUGUAUUGCAAAAGAAGAAAACAAGCAUGAUCUAGACUCUACUGAAGCAGAUCCCUUAAAUAUAAAACCAGGAGUACCUGCAUUCUUCGUCACAGGUGAGAUUGCGAACAAUAAGGGAAUCCUUCAUUGCGAAUUCCUUGAUGGAACUUACUGUAAAUUCAUGGAAGCUGCAGAAAACCAAAUUUAUUUCUGUAUUAAUGAGGAUCUCCAGAAGGAAGUAAUACACCAUGGGUAUGUCUCACACUCUGACCUCAAACUAGACCCUAUUACUGGUACAAUGCAUUUCUGGAAAAAGGAUAACGAAUGGGUUUAUGCCUCUAAACAAGGAUAUGCUAAACUUAAAGAAGAAGGAAAACUUCCUGACUUGUGCUAUACAACUAAGAAAUACAUUGAAGACAUUCCUAACAAGAAAUGGCCAGAUUUUAAUGAAGAAGAUCUUCUCGAUACUCAAGCUUCUGAUGACUUUGAGCCUAUCUAUCUCGCUCGUUUUGAUGAAGAAGAGAAGAAAUCUUCUGAAAAAGAGAAUAAGGAUGAUGGAUUUGUACAAUCAAAUGAAACUGAUAUUUUUGAAAAGAAGAGUUCAGAUAUUAAAGAUUCAGUCUAUUUUAGAAUUGGAAAGCCUUUGAAGGAUAAAUCUGCUCUCCCUAUAUUUAAACUGGAAGAAUACUUCGGCAAAGAGGAAGACCCUAUCUUCAAGAUCAAUGUCACUCCUGAUUAUGGGUAUGAGAAGAAUGACAAAAUGAUACAAUUGAAUGCUAACAAAAAUUGAUGCAUACCUAGCAAAAACAAUAUACAGUUCACAGACAAGUGCGAAAAUAAAAUUACGUUUAAAAAACUGGAAUUUGAAGACCAAGAACUUAACGACAAAGAAUGAAUAAAAGAAAGAGUCAAAGGAAUUCUAAGAUUCAAUAAGACUGUUUUAAGAGCACUAAGGUUCUAUAUUCCAGAGAAGGUUUCUUUAGGCAAUUUCAAUGCUCAUGAUUUGCAUUAUGAAAGUGUCUUUAGUGCGAUCAUUACCUCGGCUAGGAAUUUUACUCUUGAUGCUGUAAAGAAUGCAUACAUUAUUAUGAUUAGAAGUUCUCUAAGAAAGAAGUGUGCCCGCCCUACUAUCGAAUACAACAAAAUUGAUGUUCAAAACAAGAAGGAUCAAGGCCUAGUUGAUGAGAGAGGCAGAUGGACAAUCUUCUCCACUACUAUGAAGAAAUGAAGAGAAAAUGGCUACAGGUGUAUGAGAGUUAAAGAUUCAAAGUCCAAAGCAUGGACUGCUAGAUUGGUUGGUAGAGGAAGUAUUGAUGAAGGAGGACCAUAUAGAGAAACUAUUAAUAAUAUCACCGAUGAACUACAAAGCCAAUACUUGCCGUUGCUGAUUCCUACCCAGAAUAACAAAAAUGAUCAUGGAUUUGGAAGAGAUCUUUGGACUGUUAAUUCACAUUCUAAUACAAAAACCCAUAUGAGGAUGUAUAAGUUCUUUGGAGCUUUACUUGGAAUGGCUUUCAGAGCAGGUCAAGUUAUGGAUAUUAGGCUUCCAUCAAUCUUCUGGAAGAAAUUCACAGGUGAAAAAAUUACACUUGAAGAUCUUGAGUAUUCAGAUGCAUGUGCAGUUCAGGUGAUCAAAGAAGUUGAAGCUAUGAAAGAAACUGCAACUAAAGAAGAUUUCGAAAAAAUGAUGGAGCUCACUUGGACAACCCAGCUAUCCAAUUGAGAUACCAUCCCAUUAUGUCCUAAUGGAGAACACAAAAAAGUGUUAUAUGAGGAAGUAGAUGAGUAUCAUAAACAAAUAAUAAAAGCAAGAAUUGAUGAAUUUAAUGAGCAAUUUGAAUCAAUCAGAGAAGGCUUUGACAUCAUUUUUCCAACAUCCCACCUAAGAAUUUUUAACUGGAGAUUUAUUGAGCAAAAAAUUACAGGGCCAACAAUAAUCUCAACAGAUUAUUUGAAAUCUAUAACUCAUUACCCAAAUUGCAGCUAUUUGAAUAAGUAUGUGAAGAGAUUCUGGAGAGUAUUCGAUGAGUUUACAAACCAAGAGAAAUCAAUGUUUUUGAAGUUCACAUGGGGGAGAACAAAACUUCCUCCACCUGAGAGACUCAAUGAUAAAAAGUUCAAGCUUAUGUUAAUCUCAAAAGGAAGAUCUAGAGAUCAUGAUACUCUUUUACCUGAAGCACAUGCCUGCUUCUUCCAGUUUGAUCUCCCAAGAUAUUCAAAGAAUAAAAUCUGCAGAGAGAAAAUUUUAGAUGCUAUCCAAACAUGCAGAGGCAUUGACACUGAGGAUGCUAUCAACCAGACUAGAAAUCCUCUUGGUUUGUUAGCAGAUUUGGAUGAUCACUAUGCAGGCCCUUUACCAGCACAUGAAAUGGAAAGACUUAUUUUCGAUUUAAUGGAAAAUAACAGAGGCGAUUCUGAUUCUUCACAUUAAGCAUCUUCAUCAUG